AUGACCGAAAACCAUGCGCGCCUCUCCCCCGCGCUGGUCGAGACGAUCGCCGGCCUAUCCGCUGGUACAAUCUCCACGCUCGCUGUCCAUCCCUUAGAUGUGAUUAAGACUCGUCUGCAAAUACAAAGAGAAGCUGCUACACUCGGGAAUGGCUUCGGUAUCCUCAGAUCCUUGAUAGCGAACGAACGACCAAUACAAAGCUUAUAUCGAGGAUUGACGCCGAAUCUGGUGGGGAAUGCAAGUAGUUGGGCUUUGUUCUUCUAUUUUAAAUCUCUGGCUGAGAAACAGCUUGUCCUGUUCCACGAACGUCGAUCGAAUGUCUUGACCUCACCUGGACAUCUCCCCACAGCACAAGAAAGCAGGAAUGUCCUUUCGCCUGCCGAUUACUUCAUAGCUUCCGGCAUUGCGGGGACAGUGAUAACUCUCUCCACGAAUCCGAUAUGGGUGCUCAAAACCCGCAUGCUGAGCUCGGAUAAGGGGACAGAAGGAGCAUAUGAAAGCAUGUGGCAUGGUGCAAAACAGGUACUGAAGACCGAAGGUGUUAGAGGCUUCUACAGAGGCGCCGGAGUCAGUCUUUUGGGCAACAGCCAUGGUGCGGUACAAUUCGCUGUCUACGAACCUUUGAAGAACCUCUGGCGGAAAUACCUAGCUCGUGAUCAACCUUUAGGCCAGAAAGAGGAGAAACUGGGUAAUACGGCGACGUUGGUGAUUAGUGGCUCUGCGAAGAUUGUUGCUGGGACUGUUACAUACCCAUAUCAGGUCUUAAGAAGUAGACUGCAGACAUACCAUUCGGAAGAGAGGUUUGGGAGAGGCAUUAGAGGAGUUGCUGCUAAGAUCUGGAGGGAAGAGGGCUGGAAGGGGUUCUACAGAGGUUUGGGCACGAAUGUUGUGAGAGUCUUACCUGCUACUUGGGUGACGUUCUUGGUGUAUGAGAACGUGAGGUACUACUUGCCUCGAUGGGGAUCUUAA